CGUCUCACGUGCGGCAUCACGUGUUACCGCGUUGCAUGGCAACCAUUUGACAUUACAUUGAACGCGGAUCGCCGCAAAGUUAUGCAUGCACUUGUCAUGAAUUAGAAAGAAGAAAGCAAUUGCCACGAUGACGGACGAGGUGCGACCCGAGGUGAUAAAGAAGACGCAGGAUUUACUUGAAAAAUAUUUUAAGAAGCCGCCGCUGACUGAGAAAUUGCUCCGAAAGCCGCCUUUUCGCUUUCUCCACGAUAUUAUAACAUCUAUCAUCAAAGAAACCGGUUUCUUGGAAGGAUUAUUCAGCGAGGAAGAACUAAAUUCUGAUAACAUAAAGGACAAGGAAGCAAAGCUUGCCUUCUUGACAAAACUCAUUGAUGUCAUCAAAUUAAUUUCCGGUGCUAAUUUAAUGGUCAGGGCAAGUAAAAUCGUCUCAGGUCAAGAGCCGACAAAGACAAAUGAAUUAUUGCAGGCCAUUGGGAAAGCCCUUGACAAGAAAGUCAGCAGCAGCGAGGCGAUCGAGCACUACAAAAAGAGCUUAGGAAAGAAAAUAAAAGCUGGAUCAAAGUCGAAAUCCACAACUAAGGAUGAAACUUUAAAGAAGCCUGUAUCGAAGCAAACUUCGCAGACGAAGAAAUCAUCGGAGAAAGACAAGAACUCGGGAGCGGAGAGAAAGAAAAGGUCGUCUAGCACAGGCAAAGUAGCGUCGAGCGAAGCAAAGCGCGACAAAGAUGACAGAAUCGAAGAGAGUAAAGUAAGAAAAGGAAAUAAUAAGAAAGAGGAAAAUGUGAAGAAUAUUGAGGACAUAGAUAUCCCACCAGCUGAGCCAAUUCAAAAUAAAAUUCCUACUUCGGCGCAAAGAAGGAGGUCUUCUUCGUCCAUCAAAGUGAAGCAAGAUGCCACGAUUUUAGCAGAUGCGAAUGACCUGACGAAGGAAGAACAAGUGCAACACAGAAGUUCCUCCAGUAGAGCAAGACGCUCGGCACAGGUGAAUGGGUCACAGGAGAAAAUAGAAAAUAUGCCUUUACAGAUAUCUAAUGAUGAAGAGCAGAGUAGACGAGCAUUAACGAGCAGUUAUACCAAAGAAACUGUGGAAAAUGGAAUCGAGGAAGACAAAGCACGACAGCAAAGCACUGAGCGAAGUGAUCAACCAAUGUCAGAGCUUGCAGGAUCUCAAGCCGAAGCUGUUGAUAUGACCGUUCUGCAACAAUCGAAUGCGAGACCCAAAACAUCCUUGAGACCACCUAGUGCCAGACCCAUCAGUGCCAGACCUGCUGCUCCCAGAGUGAGAGCAAAGACAGAAGUGAUUGUCAACGAGGAGAUAAAAACACCAUUGGGAAAUAUCAGUGUUAUUGUAGAAAAUUCUGACUUAAAAGAUGAUGACGACGAUGACGCGGAAGAUAUGGUGGUGAUGGAAGCGAAGGGAAGUGGCGGUGACCUUUUAGAGAAUGGAGAUUACAAAAUAGAUAAUCAGCUGAUGCAAGAACAUGGGCAUCUCGUGGCACAAAUUUUAGAGACUCAACGGGAGUUGGUCAACACGGAUAACGUUGAUGUAUUGCCGAAAAAAGUCGACAUCGCGUGGGAAUCAGGCUCGAAACGCGACCGAGAAACAGCGAUUAAGGAAAUCGAUAAAUUACGUGGAACUAUACAGACGUUAACGCGUACAACAAAUCCUCUAGGGAAAUUAUUGGAUUAUGUACAAGUAAUGUAUAUCCACACAUAUUCUUACGCGUUAACUGCAAUAUCAAUUUACGUAAUUAAAUUUCAGGAAGAUGUAGAAAUGAUGCAAAAAGAACUAUUAGACUGGAGAAGUCAGUAUCGUCAAUUGAGCGAACAAUUGAAAGCAGAACAAAAAGAAACGCAAGAAAUGAUAGAACCCAUGAAGGAAACCUUGAAAGAAAUUGAUAGUAAUAUGAAAAUUCAGUUUGAUAAGAUAUAUCAAGUAAAAGCGCAAAUCAUGAAAAAUGAUCAAAAAAUACGACGAUUACUUAAUGGUAAUUUAUAAUAUAAUUAUAUAUCAUUAUGUAAUGAAUUGUAAAUAUUUUUAUAAGCUAUCAAAAUAUAUAAUUAAUUAUCUCACUAUAAUUA